CAGUAUUUCCCCGGAGAAUUACUGUGUAGGGGUGUUGUAUCGGACACGGAGACAGACAGGAUGUGGAGCUGAAAGAAAGAAGGCGGAGAAUAGUUGAAAGUCGCUGGAAACAUUGUCGCAAAAUCCGAAAGGAUUGCAAUGGAAUGAUGCCCUUUAUUUAGGAAAAACUAACAACGAAAGGCUUGGGAUUUCCGAACGUGCCACCGUGCUGAUGCCGUGGUGACUGAUGGGGAAUGUUUUACCUGUCAUUACUCCUUUUGUCUCCAUGGAUAGGACCUCAGCAAGCCUAGAGGAAUGUGGAUGAAGAGUGAUCCGGCCUCCAACAUAAAGUUAUCCCUCCACUGAACCAAAUAGAGCUGUUUAUACACAAAGAAUUUAGCCUAACAACUGGCUGUCACCAUAAUGAUACCUUGGCUGGUCUGGGUGUGCCUGGCACUGAUAGGGGUGAUGAGCUGCCACGCCCACAGUCUGUUUACCUGUGAACCCAUCAAGGUGCAUCGCUGCCUGGGGAUGCUCUACAACAUGACCUUCUUCCCCAACAUGAUGGAGCACUAUGACCAGGACAUAGCAGCCAGCAGGAUGGAGCCCUUCAUGCCGCUGGUCAACCUGCGCUGCUCUCCAGACGUACAUCACUUCCUGUGUCAGGCCUUUAUCCCAGCAUGCACUGAGGACACCAAAGUGAUCCGGCCAUGUCGUGACCUGUGUGAGAAAGUGAGGUCAGACUGCAGGAAGGACAUCGGUACCUUCGGCAUCACCUGGCCUCUGGAGCUGCAGUGCGACAGAUUGGAGUAUUGCCUCUACUCUGCAGAUGGCUCAGCCCUGCCACCAACCAGACUGACCACACCCAAGACCUCUCUGUCUGCCAAGAGGGACAUGGGCUUCUGGUGCCCCCUUCAGCUGAAGACUCGGCCCGGCCAGGGAGCCACGUUCCUGGGUGCCGGGGACUGCGCUCCCCCUUGCUCCAACAUGUACUUCAAGCCCCAUGAGAUCGAGUUCGCCAAGACCUUCAUCGGGGUGUGCUCCAUCGUCUGCCUCUGCGCCACGCUCUUCACCUUUCUCACCUUCCUCAUCGAUGUCAAACGCUUCCGCUACCCCGAACGGCCAAUCAUCUUCUACGCCGUGUGCUACAGCUUCGUGUCGCUCAUCUACUUCAUUGGCUUCCUGCUGGGGAACAAUGCAUCCUGCAACAAGGCGGUGCACCCGGCUGCCAUGGACACGGUGGUGCUGGGCUCCCAGAGUAAAGGCUGUACGUUACUCUUCAUGCUACUCUACUUCUUCUCCCUGGCCGGCAUCGUCUGGUGGGUCAUCCUCACCAUCACCUGGUUCCUGGCCGCCGGACCCAAGUGGAGCUGCGAGGCCAUCGAGAAGAAGGCGGUGUGGUUCCACUCUGUCGCCUGGGGGAUCCCCGGGGCACUAACUGUCAUGCUACUGGCUCUCAACAAGGUGGAGGGAGAUAACAUCAGCGGGGUGUGCUUUGUGGGGCUCUAUGAUCUGGACACGCUGAGGUACUUUGUGCUGGCGCCGCUGUGUAUCGGGGUGGUGGUGGGGCUGUCUCUGCUCCUGGCUGGGAUCGUGUCGCUCAACAACGUGCGUCAGGUGAUCCAGCACGAUGAGAGGAACCAGGAGAAGCUGAAGAAGUUUAUGAUCCGUAUUGGGGUGUUCAGUGGUCUGUACCUGGUGCCACUGGUCACUCUGCAGGGGUGUUAUAUCUAUGAACAGAGCCAGCGCUCCACCUGGGAAAACACCUGGAUCAAUGACCGUUGCCAGGAGUACAGCAUUCCCUGCUCACACAAGACUACAGAGUCUGGUCGUCCAGACCUGUCCCUAUUCCUGAUUAAAUACCUGAUGACCCUGGUGGUUGGGAUCUCAGCUGUGUUCUGGGUCAGUAGCAAGAAGACCUGCUCAGAAUGGGCCUUCUUCUUCAACAGGACCAGGAAGAAAGACCCCAUUAGUGAGAGCCGCAGAGUUCUCCAGGAAUCCUGUGAGUUCUUCCUCAAACACAACAGCCGUGUCCAGCACAAGAAGAACCACUACAACCCCGGCUCCCACAAACUCAAGGUCAUCUCCAAGUCCAUGGGCACCAGCACCGGUGCCUCAGCCACAGGCAACCACGGCACCUCAGCAGUGGACAACCAUGAGGCCAUCCGGGGCCAGGCUUCUUUCUCUGAGGUCAGAGGCUUAUCUGAGGCCUCUGCCAGGGAGCAGCUGGAGAGGGGCAGCUCCACCCGUGGCUCCAGGCUGGGGGAGAGGGACAGGGAGAGGCAGCCCAUUGGACAGGCCCUGUCUGGAGGGAGAGAGGGGGCAGAGAGACGUAGUAAGAAGGGCAGCUCCAGCAAGGUUAGCAGCUGCUCAGAGAGCUUCCACAGAGUCCCAGAGGGAAGGAUAACUCCCAGGAGUGAACUAUCAGAGACGAGACAGGUGCCCAGUGGACAGCACCUGGCUUUAAGCCACUCCCACAGCGGCAGUGCGAAAGGCUCCGUCCCUCACCUGGUUCGCCAGUUACCAGAGGAGAAAAGGGAGGACAGCAGCUGCUGAGCCCAAUCAACAGGCUCCUAUGAUACUUAACACCAACAGAGAUGGGUAACUCUGGUCCUCAGGGGCUGGACUGAGUGUCUGCUGGUUUUUGUUCUUACUUUCAAAUGAGCAACUGAUUUAGCCUGUCAUACCAUACCGGAUGUGUACACUCUCAGAACAAUCAGUGAUAUUAGUGGAUCGAUUUAAGUACCAGAGGGAGAAGAGAAAACCAGCAGGAAGUCGAGAAAAUCCAGAGGACAGGAGUUUUCCUUCCCACCACAGAGACAGGAAGGAAGAGACUAGGUGGGCCACCAGGGUCCUAGAGAGUUCUCUUCAGUGACCGGCCCAACAGGUGUAGCUUCUGUACAUCAGUCAGCUUGACUGGAUCACUGGCCACAUCAAGGUGAAUGAGGUUAGAGAAUCAUGCAGCUCUUCAGACCUGCAUUUCCCUGCUGUAAAACAGUCACUUAACAUAUUGUUUAUUUACUUAUGAAAGCUGUACUUUUCUGAGGGUAGAUUGAUAUGUAAAGUGUGUAGAAUAUACACUGGCAAUAUUUAUGUAAACUGUUUUAUUUUCUGUCACUGGACUAGUCUUCACACUGAGUUUAAGCGCUUGAAAAUCUGAAAAUCGUGACGGUUUCACCAAACAAUCAGAACUUCAACGAUAUCUAGCUGUGGUGGUUAAAUCUAUUUUAUUUUUGUAUUCAAAUGGUUAAUGUCAUGUGUAUGUAGACAAUUCCAUCAUGAAACAAUGAGUAGCAAGCAUAGCAGUUCUGUAGUUAAAGUAAUUGCAGUAGACAGGAGGUUCUCACUACCAAUACACUCAGUAUGCUACUCUACUUUCAUUCCAUUAGUAUUUUUCAGUAUAUCUAUAAGUAGUUACAUAAGCAUUUUUCAAUUUUGCUGACUCUCAUAAACUUCAUUUCCUGUAAAUCUGAGUGGAGCAUGUGUUUUUUUUAUACUACAGUUCCUAGAAGAAUGUGCCCCAUGAACUAAAUCAUGGCCUUCAGAUAACCUACUUUUUGUCUGUGUACCUACAGAUGCUUUACAUGUGUGACAUAGUCAUUCCAUGUGUGCAUUCAUCUCCAGUGAAAUAUGUGGACAAAGUAACCAGGCUUAUUACUGGCUCUUGACCAACAAGUUGUGGUUGGACAUCUCACUGCACUAGAGGAGUUACCACUUAAAGAUGAACCCAGUGCAAAGACUGAGUGAUACUGUACAAUUUGUACUGAGAUAGAAUGUCUUUUUUUGAAGUUUAUAUUUCUGCUACGCAAUUAUCUUUAAACCAAAUAUAGUAGUAUGUAUACCUAACAUAACUGAUGAUCCUUUAUGAAAACACCAGUAGAAAAAUCAGACAAUCCAAUCCAACGCAUGUACCAAGUUGAGUUGAUCUUUUUUGACAAAUGUGUGGGUUUUGUUCAGUAUUUUAAUUGGCAUGAUUCUUACCGGUAAUCCAUGAACUGUGUUUGACUUCACAUUUUUCUUGCAAGCAUUUUCCCGAAAGGCCUGUUGGGAAUAAGUCUUGCACACUGUAUUAAUAAAAACCAUUUAUCCAUCCAUACAUACUCACAAUAAUUUGAUAAGUAUUUUAAUCCCUCCAUGCUGUAUUGUUUUAUUGUCUUUAAUCUGACCCUGUCCUUGAUCUUCAUCCAAAUCUAUUGUAUAGUAUUAUGUGGCUACCAGAAGACAAAAGUUACAGCUAAAGGAAUUUGUUAUCUUGCUUCCACUCCUUCACACAUGAAUAAUAUAACCACUACUCAUCCUUGAUUGCAUAUAGACUUGUUUAGGCUGUAGAACAUUUUUUUUAUAUUUUAAAUUCCCUAUACAUUUUUGUGAACUUUUGUAGUGUUAUGUUGUAUGCGCUAUUUGAUAUAUAUUUUGUAUCAAUUGUAUUUCCUUUUAAUAAAAGAUUAUUUAAUAAA